AUGUCAGGAAGAGGAAAAGGAGGAGCAAAGAGACACAAGAAGGUAUUGAGAGACAACAUUCACUGUAUCACUAAGACUGCUAUUCGUCGUCUUGCUAGAAGAGGUGGAGUUAAACGUAUCAGUGGUUUGAUUUAUGAAGAAACAAGAGGUGUUCUUAAGAUCUUCUUGGAGAAUGUCAUUCGUGAUGCUGUGACCUACACCGAACAUGCUAGAAGAAAAACUGUUACUGCCAUGGAUGUUGUUUAUGCUUUGAAGCGCCAGGGAAGGACUCUGUAUGGAUUUGGGGGUUAG